UAUCGCUCAUUGAUUGGCUGGCUGUGACGGUGGAGACAAUCGACGGGCGGUGAACGACUAAAAAGUUCUGCCGCCGGGAUGAUAAAAAAAAGAUUGAAGAUUGCGGAACAGCUGCUUCCAGUCUUCUAUCUUUUAGAAGAGACAUUUUUGAUUUUCUUUCUGGUGUUAAUUUCACCACAGCCAUAAUGGCGUCCGUUUACAAAUCAAUCUCCAAGAAAAAGCAGGAGCGGCCUGUCGACGAAGAUAUCGACGAUGAGGAUAUUGACAUGGAAGAUAUGCUCGACGAAGACACCAGUGACAGCGACGAGGAUGAUGAGGAUAUUGAUGAAGACGGCGGAGUCGCUGUUAAUGGGCAGAAGACCGGGAGUCAUGAUGGAACAAUGCCUAAAAGCCGUGUUCUAAUGCUUACUUCCAGAGGGGUUACCCAUCGACACCGAUAUCUCCUUUCAGACAUGACUGCGCUGCUUCCGCAUACGCACAAAGAGAAUAAAUUGGAUACGAAAAAGAGUGGCGGAUACAAUAUGCUUCUUAAUUCUCUUGCAGAGCUGCACUCGUGCAAUGUUAUCUUCUUUCUUGAGGCCCGAAAACACGGCCAAGACUUGUAUCUUUGGCUUGCGCGACCACCUAACGGCCCCACCAUUAAAUUCUCUGUGACCAAUUUGCAUACUACGGGCGAAAUGGGCACUGGAUUUUCAGGCAACUGCCUGAAGGGCGGCCGCGGGGUGGUUGUUUUCGACAAGUCGUUCAAUGAAAAGGGUCCUGAGAUGGGCCAGAAUGGUACUGAAUACCGCGGACUUAUCAGAGAGAUGCUGCGCAAAGUCUUUUGUGUACCUAAGCGGGGCGUCAGGGGAGUGAAGCCAUUUAUCGAUCGUAUCAUCGGUGUCUUUGGCGUUGAUGGGAAGAUCUGGAUCAGGGUCUACGAGAUUCGAGAGUCCGAUGGUACUCAGAGCAAAAAAGGAGAUGAGAAUGAAAAGCAGGUCGUCAAGAGCAAGGAUGGUCUGCCGGAUAUAUCGCUCGUCGAGAUCGGACCUCGUUUUGUCCUGACUCCGAUUGUCAUCCUCGAAGGAAGUUUUGGUGGACCGGUCAUUUACGAGAACAAGGAGUACGUCAGUCCUAACCAAGUCCGCCGCGAUGUUCGCCUUCAGAAAGCAAGCCGAUAUGCCCAACGUCGGGACACGCAGACUGAUCACGUGGCCAAGAAGUCGACGCUGGGACUGGGGAGAGAAGGCAGGAAGAGAGAUGCACUGGAUACGAGAGAGGUAUUUGGUUGAGACGGGAAAGAUAAAGGCUCUAUUUAUGCUUCUGUGUAAUAUGGUUAUAUUGUCUUCGUGGAAAUAUCCUCUACCACUUGCAUUAUUUCGAUGCGAUAUCAGUUGACAUUAUUCAUGUAUGCUGUUCUGGCGUUGACUGGAGUUGUGUUGAUAGUGGAUCAAAAGCUGCAUCAUUCAAAUUCAAGAAAAUAACUUCUAUCUAG